UCGUCCAACAAGCAAAAGUCCCGCAGUUUUUCCCUGACUUCUAGAAAAGUCCAAUCUUUUUGUGUCUUGCAGCGUACUGGUGCAUAAAAUUGUUUCUUCCAAGUGAAAAAUUGUGUUUAAAUUCAAUUUGCCUGCCUAGCUAGCUAGUCACUUGCUCGACCGUGAUUAUUAUUGGUACCAUAUCCGGAGGAACUCCGUGCAUUUAUAGUUUGCGGGCUUCAAUUUUAUUAGCGUAGAAAGGAAGGUGCAUCAAGAUGUCCGAAAGCGACUGGGAUACUGUGACCGUGUUGCGUAAAAAAGCCCCAAAGGCUUCAUCUCUCAAGACUGAAUCGGCUGUGAACCAGGCUCGCCGUCAGGGUCUUGCCGUGGAAACCAGCCAGAAAUUUAAUGCGGGCACAAACAAGCAGCACACCGCACCGAAAAACACCGCCAAGCUGGACCGGGAGCACGAAGAGCUGAAGCAUAAACAAGUCUCGCACAGCGUCUCCAAGCUGAUCAUGCAGGGUCGUCAGGCCAAGGGACUCAGUCAGAAGGAUCUGGCCACGAAAAUCUGCGAAAAACCUCAAAUUGUCAACGACUACGAAGCGGGUCGCGGCAUUCCCAACAACUUGAUCCUGGGCAAGAUCGAACGGGUGAUUGGAAUAAAACUUCGUGGCAAGGACAUCGGUACCCCGGUAGCGCCUCCCGGUAAGAAGUGAACAUCGUCGGGAGGCAAAAGCAAUUGAACACACAAACACCCUUGCAUACGGAAGAAUAAAAUGUAGAGAGCAAAACACACACACUGCGCGCGUAUGACAAGAGAGAAUCAUGCUACUGCAUAACUAACUAACUGGCUGGCAAUUGCUGCUAAAACAUCAUUUUGAGGUGGAUUCUUGUAUGUAACAACUGACACCCAAGCGAGAAGGAAAAUGUUAUUUCAUUGCUUCGAGAGCAGCGAAGAGCGCAAGUGAAACACUAUAUUUAACAGCAGUUUGCACAUACUUUUUCCCUGAAAAAUAAGAUAUGUAGUAGUUCAGAAAAAUAUCAACAAAAACCAGAUUUACACCCUUGCGUUCAAAGUCAAUGUUGUGGGAAAAACAUAUUUAGUGUUAGUGCAUUUUCCUCGUUCAGCUAAGAAUGGGGUGGUUUGAAUAAUUCGUUACUGUCACUGAUCAUAUUUAGAUGAUGAUUGUACUUUAUGCGAUAUAGUGCUAAAUAAAAAUCACAUUAUUCGUCAAUCUUA